GCGCCCCCGCCUGGCCCCACCAGCGCGCGCGCCCGCGCCGCAGAGCCUUGAAAGGCGGCCGGAGGCGCGGGCGGGCCAGGGGCGAUGGCGAGCCUGGGCCACCUGCUGUGCGUGCUGCUUUGCUGCUCUGCGGGGCCCUCGAGCCCCGGGCUAUCCAGACCCUAUCAGCGCGGCCCGAAGAAACCCAUCAUCGGAAUAUUAAUGCAAAAAUGCCGUACCAAGGAGAUGAAAAAGCUGGGAAAAUACUACAUUGCUGCAUCCUAUGUGAAGUACUUGGAGUCCGCAGGUGCAAGAGUUGUACCCAUAAGGCUCGAUCUUCCACAAACACAAUAUACAGAACUUUUCAGAUCUAUUAAUGGUUUAGGUGCAUUACGGGGCAGAAUGUUCCGGAAUUUUCCUGCCGAGUUAUUGGUGUCACUAGCAUUAGAGCCUCUGACUGCGAAUUUUCACAAGUGGAGCCUCUCUGUGAAGAACUUUACAGAAAAUGCAAAGCUAAAGAAGGUUUUCAAUAUAUUAACCACAAAUACAGAUGGCGAUAUAGAGUUCAUUUCCUCCAUGGAAGGAUUUACAUAUCCAGUAUAUGCUGUCCAGUGCAUCCUGAGAAAGCCCCCAUAUGAGUGGAAGGACUUGGAAGGUAUUUCCCAUGCACCAAAUGCUGUGUGAAGACUGCAUUUACUUGGCAGAUUUCUUUGUUUCUGAAGGUAAUGUAUGUAGGGUGUAUGA